AUGAAGACUGCAACCGUUCUACUUCUGGCUCUCUCCAUCGCGAGCAGCGCAUCAGGCGCCGCCGUCAUCAAUCCCAGCGCUAAUACUCGCCGCAUCGGACCCGGCGACGACAGCAACGACAACUACCCCCGCUCCCCCAUCCCCGCCGCCGCCGCCGCCGCUCCGCCCGUCUCAUCUGCCUCCUCUUCCCCAAUCAUAUACAACAACACCGCCUCCCGCCGCCCCACCCUCGACGGCCGCCCCGUGGGAGGCCCCGGCAGCGCCUCGAUCAAAGCCGCCAGCCGGCGCCGACCAUGGGGCUGGAACCAGCCGCCGUCCGGACCAUGGGCUAAGAAACAGCGACGCUCCGCCGACGCCGACGACGACGACCCGCUCGGCUUCGUCAUGGUGGGCGCGGGCUUGGCCGGGCACAAUGGCGGAAACAGAGGCAGCAGCUCCAACGCCAACGACGACAAGGUCGACGACAAAGUCGCCGCCUACGCCCCGGCCUCCGCCAGCUCCAGCUCCAGCUCCUCCUCCUCCUCCAACAACAACGCCGGCCGGCUAACCGAGCCACGCCGCCGCCCAGACGGCUGGGGCCACGGCAAGCGCUCCUCGGACGCUGACGCAGACGCUCUCCCAAACAGCUCCUCCCAACGCGAAGACUUCAAGCGCUCCACCUCCGACACCUCGCUCCCCAUGCCCAGCUGGGCCGGCAUCAUCGUCGGCGCGUCGGUCGGGGCCACGCUGCUCGCCGCCGGCCUCUACGCCGUCGUGGUGAAGCGCCGGCAGCGCAGCGCGACCAGGGCCGAGCGGCAGGCGCUGUACGCGGAGAAGCGCGAGGAGGAUGACCGGCGGGUGUGGGAGGAUGACGACCAUGAUGCGGGGGAGUGGGGGGUGCAGAAUCAGAAUCAGCAUGUUGUGCCGAAUGGCGGGAGUGCGACGGUUGUGGUGGGGGAUCCGGAGAAGGGGGGUGUUAUUGUUAAGGUUGAGGAUUAUAGGGGGGUUAGUCGGGGUUGA